AUGGAGGGAGGCCAGCACCGAGUGCACCCGCAGCCGCCGCCGCAGCGGGUGGCGGCGGGCGAGCACACUAGGCUCGGCGUCUACCACGACGUGCUGCGCCGCCUCAGGGACGCCGGCGAGGCCGAGGCGUGCGCGCCGGGAUUCGCCGACAGGCUCUGGGCGCACUUCCACCGCUUCAGCGUCAGGUACGCGCUGGAAGUGAACGCCGAGAGGGCGGAGGAUGUUCUGGUGCACAUGCAGCUGCUCGACAGGGCUAAGAGCUCGGAGACGGAGAACCGGCCUGCCUUCUCUGUCAGAGUUGUUCAGGUGCCUCCAGAGAUUGAUGCCACCGAGAACGAUUCUGCCGAGCCCAAUCCGACUGAAGAGAGCGGCGACUCUGCAACCCCAAGAAAACUGGCUGUGCACCCAGAACCCAUUUUUGGCUCCUCACGGAAUCUCAAGGCUCUUGUUCGUGAAGCCAGCAGCAGGAACCUCCUGGAUGACGGCGAUGGUGAUGCUAUUCUCAGACCCAUGCAUGAGAUCACCUUUGCGUCCAACGACAGGCCAAAGGGCCUUACUCAAAAUACUGUCAUCACGUCUCAGUUGUCUACACUUUUAGGCCAGCUCAAUCUUGACAUCAAGGAAGUACUUGCACUUUCAACAAAUGAUGGCUACUUCUUAGAUAUUUUCAUUGUAGUUGGGUGGGAUCACAAGGAAACUGGACAGCUUGAAGAAGCAUUAGACAAGGAAAUCCUUAAUUAUAAGGCAGAGAUGCAUUCAAAAGCUUCUUGCUGGCCUCCUGAAUUGGCAGGCAAGAACUGUGUGAAUGAUUUGCAAGACAACCAUGUUGAGAUACCUAAAGAUAACACUGACGAAUGGGAGAUUAAUUUCAAAGCAGUGACAUUUGAAGAUAAAGUGGCAUCUGGAACAUAUGGUGAUCUUUAUCGUGGUACAUACUUCGGCGAGGAUGUUGCUAUUAAGGUGCUCAAAUCGGAUCGCCUUAAUGCGAACAUGGAGAAGGAGUUUGCCCAUGAAGUCUAUAUCAUGAGGAAGAUCCGUCACAAGAACAUUGUUCGAUUUCUUGGGGCAUGUACCAAGCCAAAAACCUUAUGCAUAGUCACAGAAUUUAUGAAAAAUGGAAGUGUCUAUGACUUCCUUCACAAGCGUAAAGGUUCUUUCAAACUUCCUGGACUACUUAAAGCUGCAGUUGAUGUAUCAAAAGGGAUGGACUAUUUACACAAAAACAGAAUUAUUCAUCGGGACUUGAAGACUGCCAAUCUUCUUAUGGAUGAACAUGAGGCAAGUUUUCUUCUGUCGUUAUAUGGUCAAAGAACAGUGGCACCUUUCCAGCUCAUCAAAGUUGCUGACUUUGGUGUUGCUCGUGUCAAAGCCGAGUCAGGUGUUAUGACAGCAGAAACCGGCACAUAUCGUUGGAUGGCUCCUGAGGUUAUAGAGCACAAACCAUACGACUCCAAGGCUGAUGUAUUUAGCUUCGGGAUUGUUUUGUGGGAGCUUCUAACUGGAAAGAUUCCUUAUGAAUUUCUAACGCCGCUCCAAGCAGCCAUUGGUGUUGUUCAAGAGGGCUUAAGACCAGUUAUCCCAAAGGGCACAAACCCUAAGCUCGCGCAGCUGCUUGAGAAGUGUUGGCAACAAAGUCCUCUCCACAGGCCAGACUUCACAGAAAUUUUGACAACACUCAAUGAAAUCGCUGAAGAGGUCGCCAUGGAUCAUAAUAAGCUCCACAAAGAGAAGGAAAGAGGAACCAACUUCUUUUCAUUUGGGAAGAGCCACUGA